AUGCCGAUCAAGCUCCCCAAAGGCUUCGCCCGACGAAAGUCGUCUGGAAAUGCCCUCGAGGAAUCUGAAAACCCGCCUCAGCCAUCCUUUCGCGUCUUUGAACGCCCUUCCGUGGAAAGGAAAUCCUUUAGUGAUGGUAACUUGGCAUCCCAGAAGCUAGGGGAAGGUCCCCAAUCUCACUCUCCUCCUGACGACGACAAUAUUUUUGCUGCGUCGGGCGGCCCUCCUGUCAGAAACCUUAUCGGAGGUGCAUACGAAACUCCACCGCCGAACGGUCGGUUCAGCUCUUCAGCCCGACGCUCGACCGACGGGCCGACCCAAUUCGACUCUCAAUCCCCUCAUUCCAGAAAUCUCCACGAUAUACCUCUUCCGCCCUUCUCGGGUGCUCUGCGUGCAGCGGGUCGAACUUUCUCGUUUGGUGGGCGGUUUUCGAAAGCAGCCACGGCUCCCGCUCCCCCACAACCUUCCUCUCCGGAUCCGGCUCGGCAUCGGGCUUUGACAUCCAGCACGACGAGCACGGCCACUCCACCACAAAUCUUAGAUUCUGAAAUAAAAAUAGGUCGAAUCGACGACGACUUUGGCAACAUGUUCGAUGACAUCGGCAAACGCGGGGCCCAGCAGUCGUCCGAGCCGUGUCGUUUUGCUUCGGUUCCAAAUACCUUGGGAAGUCCUUUUAGGAAGGAAGAAAAAGCGUCACGUCCUGCGCCGAUCAGCACCGACCGAUCCAGGGAAAUUGAACCUUCCCCAUACUCGUGGAGUAGCCGACAUUCGGAAGAGGGCCUUUUGAACGCGGUGGAUUCACCGCAGGAAGACAGCCCUGCGUUUCAACCAACCCCUGCUAAUUCGAUCCCUGUCCCUCUUGGUAACCGAAGAAAAUCGUUGCCACUCUCCAACCCUGUGCCUGCCACCACCACGUCCCAUCGCUCUCUGGAGAAGCCCAAAAUGGCGGUGGACAAGGGUCUGAGGAGAAGCGUCAUGUUCUCCACGAAGCGAGACACCGUGGCCGUUGAGGAUGAAGAUGCGAAAUUGGUCAUGGAGUCUCUUUAUUCCAGCAAGAGAACUUCACAACUCCCGUUCUCGUCCUCCCCUCAGGAUUCGGAUGAUGUUCCUCUCUUUGGUAACGGAACUACGGUAAAAGGGGUACCGCAACCGCAGGAAUCCCUCGCACAGUCAACCCCAGAACCAGCGGACGAUCAUAUUGACGCUUCGAUUGCUGAUCACGCACGGCUGGCUGCGCAGUACGAAAGCAAACCCAUUCCGCCUUCUUCCUCGAACAAGGUCAUGACACCAUCCCAAUUCGAGCACUAUCGACAGCAGCAGGAGUUGAAAAGGGCGAACAGCGAUGCGUCCGAAAGUGAAGAUUCGGCCGAAAGCGACUUCGACGAGGAGGAUGAAGCUGAGAAAAACCGCGAGGCCGAGAGACAGCGACGGAAGCAAGAAGCUCAUCUGUCUGUAUAUCGUCAACAGAUGAUGAAGGUAACCGGACAGCAAUCCCCCUCACCAUCUCUGCGCCCUGAGAUAGACAGGGCCAGCAGCACGCCAAAUCUGGUGGCCCCCUCGUUACAACCCGGUCACCGGUCUGGAAGCGGGAAAAGCAGCGAGGGUGAUGAUGACGACGAGAUUCCCCUCGGCAUAUUAGCUGCCCACGGAUUCCCUAACCGAAACCGCCCGCCAAGCCGCUUAGUUUCCUCGAACUCUAUGCAAAACCUUCGUGCGUCAUUUCACCAGCCGUACGUUGGUGCCCCCGGCUCGGCAGAAGAUGUCGGCAAUCGUAAUAGCCUCCCGGUUUUCGCUCGGAAUUUACCGCGGGAUCCCUACUUUGGUGCAAGCCUCGUGAACCCUUCGAAUAGGGAGUCCCUGGCCCUAGGAGGAGGAGGAGCAGGUUCCGUCUAUGGUGGACCUACGGCCACCGGAAGCCCGUCGCCUGCAUUACCCCCGGGAGGUUUGGUCGGGGUGAUCGCUACCGAGGAGCGCGCAAGAGCUAUGAGACGGGGUAGCCCCAACACUCAAGCCAUGCAUGAGUUCUCACCGGGAAUGCUAGGUGGAGCAGGAGGGCACGCUGGAAGUAUUCCUCGACCCUACACAAUGCUCAACCUGAAUUCUGCCAACGGCUUAGGUGCUCCACCACCAGUUUCCGCCACGGAGCAGGCCCAGAUCCAGCUGUCACACCAAAUGACAAGCAUGAUGCAGAUGCAGAUGCAAUGGAUGCAGCAAAUGAUCCAAAUACAGGGUGGGCAGGUUCCCCCUCAGCAGUUCAUGCCACCACCUGGAAACAUGCCGCCUGGAUUCGUUGCCAACACCAACUCGAGACCGUCCUCAAUGCCGUCAGCCCCUGGGCCAUUUACCAACGGCCCCCCGAGCUUUGCAGGUAACCAGAGGACCCUGAGCAUGCUCGACCCCAAUAUGUCGUCUAGGCUGAAUAGUCCUUCGAUGCCAUUCAUUCCUGGAGGAAAUCGACCGGGCACUCCUGGCGGGGCUGGCUAUGCUCCGUCGAUCGCCCCAUCAGAGCGGAGCAACGUCGGAUUGGCUCCUCGAUACAGGCCCGUCUCCACGGUGCCGGUAGAGGCUGAAACUGCUUCGUAUCCUGCUCUGUCCAAGCCCUGGAACGACGAAAACCGACGAACUUCCAUGCUGAGCCCAUCCACGAGCUCCAAUCUAGCAAAGCCGGUUGUACGCCCGGUCUCAAGCCACAACAGAUCGCAUUCCAAAUUAGAUCACCAUGUGGAGGCCGAGGAUGAGGACGAUGAUGAAGGUUGGGCUGAAAUGAUGAAGAAACGAGAGAAGAAGCGAAACAACUGGAAAAUCAAGAAGGAGUCCUCGAGCUUCGGAGAUUUACUGAAUGCGGUACAUUAA